AAGCAAUUAUAUGAAAGAAAGCUUGGGCAUGAUCAAUGCCAGGAACUUCAAUAUUUGAUGUCUAAAGAGAUCAAAAGAAUGAGUGAAAUAGAAAUUAUAGACGCAAGAGUGCGCGAUGCUAUAAAAAAGGCUGCAAGUAAUGGUAUUGUAGAUUUUAUUACUAUAAUAGCCAGAGCAAAUCCAGGACUAAUCUGGACUCAUGAUGUAGCAACGACUGUGUUUAAGAAUGCUAUUACAUGUCGUGAAGCCAAAGUUUUCAGCCUUAUAUAUGGACUUGGAGACAAAGAAGCUCUAGCAAACUUUGUUGAUAAGGAGACUAGAACCACCAUGCUACACAUGGUCGGAGAAGUACCAUCUACACAAGUAAUAAACCUUAUUCCAGGAUCAGCUUUACAAAUGCAGAGAGAAUUACAAUGGUUUAAGGAAGUUGAGUCAUUUGCAGGUCAAGCCAUUGAAAUUGAAAAUCAAUCUCAACAAAAACCAAGAGAUGUGUUUACAGAUAGACACGAGACUAUGAUGAGCAAUGGAGAACGGUGGAUGAAAGAGACAUCACAGUCUUGUACAAUUGUGGGUGCACUUAUCGUUACAAUUAUGUUUACAGCUGCAUUUACAGUUCCAGGAGGAAACAAUCAAGACUCAGGCUAUCCAAUAUUUUCGAAGAAAAUCUUGUUCAAGAUAUUUAUAUUCUCUGAUGCAAUUUCCCUUUUCUCCUCGACAACUUCAGUGCUAACAUUUCUUGGAAUUCUUACCUCUCGCUACACAGAAGAUGACUUUUUAUCAUCCUUACCUACAAAAAUGAUCAUAGGGUUAUGUACCCUUAUUUUGUCUCUUUUAACCAUGAUGAUCGCCUUUUGUGCUGCCCUUUCCAUCAUGUUUCGAGCAAAACUAUGGAUUGUCAUACCAGUUGCUUCCUUUGCUUCUAUUCCGGUUGUAUUGUUCUUAUGGAUACAAUCUCGUCCUUUGCGUCAAAUGAUUAUGUCUACCUUUGGACCAAGUAUCUUUGAUAGGAAGGUCAAGCCUUGGUUGUACGACAUUCUCAAAUGAACAUUAUUAUAUGUUUGGUUUGGUUGGAUUAUGUGUUAAUUAUUUGUUGAGAGUACUGUUGGUCGACUCAGUACUCAUUUGGCUUUUAUGUAAUAAUAAUAUUUACUUUUACCCACUUGUAGUGUGGUAUGGAUUAUGUUAAU